CUUUAUAAGAUAUAUAUAAUGUCUCAGUCUCAGUUCUGAGUCUGAGUCUGAGUCUCUCUCGUAGUUAUCUCUCUUCUUGGGUUUCUCUUCUUGUUUAUUUUUUUUGACUUCCUGUUUUAGCAAUUUCAAGCUCGUCGACAAUGGUGGAUCUUCAAACUGUUUGUUGCAUGUGCGGCGACGUUGGCUUCCCUGAUAAGCUCUUUCGUUGUAACAAAUGCCGCAACCGCAUUCAACAUUCAUUCCCAUCUGCCCAUCCAUCUCCGCCAUGCCCCUCGCCAACCACCACCACCACCACCACCACCACAACCGUAAUAAAACCAAAGUAUUGCAGUAACUACUACAGCGAAUACGCUGAGCCAAUUGAGGUGUGUGACUGGUGUCAAAGUGAACAAAGAAGUAGUUCAAGACAUGGCAGCUCCUCCAAGAAAUCUUCCACUACCGUAUAUGAAACGGGUAUCUCAAACCGAUCCGAGUAUUCGGGUGAGAAACUCAAGCAACAAGAUCGUGAAGAGAGCGCCGACAAGGGGAAGAAUCCGAGUGGCACGCCUUCUCCUCGCCCUACUACUCGCAGGUACAAGCUUCUCAAGGAUGUCAUGUGUUGAAAAUAAAUAACAACAGUUGGAUUCGAAAUUCGAAAACUUUUUGUGUUCAUAGUUCAGUCUUAAUUAACUAGUAAGUGUCUAAUAUAAGUUGCUUUGAUGUUAAGCGUUUUUGUUCUUUUUGUGUUGUGGUUUUCAGAAACUUGUUAAUAAAAUAAUGUAACUUUUAUAUAUCAA